CAGAAUCAGACAGGUUUCAUAGGUGUGUACAUCCAAAACAACACGAAACCUGAGCGAAACCCAGAUAAAUCACUGCUUACUUCGUUUAUUUCAGUAAAGGCAAUGCCAGAAUCAAGCCGGCAUCAUCACACAAGGGACAAAGACUACUCUAGUCGAGACAGGAGAGAUGAAGGGGGACGUGAGUACAGAGAAGACAGAUACAGAGAGGACAGGAGGACACCUGAUGGAGAGGACAGAUCACGAAGCCAUCGAGAAAAGCAAAGAUAUGCUGACACACAAAGGGACCCCCGAGUGUACGAGGCCACCCGCUAUCAUAGUCAGGGAGUACCCAGUUAUACCGAGACAUCAUCUGCAUACUAUGAUGACAGUCAACCCUAUCAUCGUAAAGGGGCACUUUACAACCUGAAAUACAUCACAACAAGCAGAGGCAUCUGUCAGGCCAUGGAAAUCGUCUUAAGCUUGUUGAUUAUCAUCUGUGCUGGAGUGAACCACAGUAACACGGGUCGGUAUCGUGAUAUUGCCAGCUUAGGCGGUUUGUACCAGUACUAUUACGGAGGAGCCAACGCAUUCACCGGAGCCGAGGCGCAGAAGGUCCAGCAGCUCGACGACCAGUUCUACCAGCUCAAACUGCCGCCUUAUGUCUACAGCAUGGCGUGCGGCGGGGCGCUGAUGUUUUACGCUUGUGCCAUGCUGGCCCUCGGAGUAUUUCGUGUGCCCUACCGUUUUCCUCCUCUGCUGCUGGCUGAAGCCCUGUUGGAUGUGCUCAUAGGUCUCGGUUUUAUUCCCGCCAUCGCUUUCUACUUCAUAAAGCUGCAGGAGAUCUACAACAACUCCAUCUGUAAAGAGAGGGAAGCGAUGUACAGCAGCAAAGGUCACAGAGGAUUUGAGUGCAAUUUCAACGGGGCAGACAUAGCAGGAGGCUUGUUUGGUGUUCUGGGGAUUAUUAUAUUCCCCAUAAGCGCCGUGUUGGCCAUCCGAGCCUUUAUACAAGUGCGGAAGAUGAAGCAGAGGCCGACAGAAGACAACAACCUGUGAAGGUUACACCAUUUCAAAUGUGAAAAUCACAGAAGGUCCUACACCAGUGUAAAUGCUUUGGUUAGUAUUUUUACAGUAUCAGAGGAAUAUAUAUUUUUCCAUUUAUUUUAUGCUUUGGCUUUCUUCUAAGAAUUUUUAUUAUGAAGGACUUUUGCAUCAGAUUUGAUUCAUCAAUUAAAAAGAAACAGACAAUAUAUUGAGAAUGAGUUGAAUUUCACAAAAUGAAUGACUUUAUUAGGGUUUCUGCAGGUCUUAAUUCACCCGUCCACAAUUUAAGGCCUCAAAAAGGUUUUAAAUCAGAGCAGAAAGUCUCAAAUUCACAAAGUCAUGUCAUUAAAUGUUGCAUUUACUGCAAAAAUAUUUUUCCGAUAGACAUAUCUAAACAUUCUUCAAUUGUUUACUUUAGAUGCAAAUCAAAAAGUUUUGAAAUAUUGAACAAAUUGAAGCAUUAAUGCUUAAAACAAGAAAAAAAAUCCCUUUAAAUUAUGUUUUCUGAGCCAGAUAUUUGUUUUAACCAUAAAACCACCAAGACAUAUCAUUUUGUUUCUCAAGAAAUAUCAUGAUUUAAGAAUUGUUAUACGUGUUGCACUGGAAAGAAAAACUGAGCAUGAACAACACUUUUUUUGCAGUGUGAUCAGAAAGUACGGUAAAAGUAAUUUCCAUAUUCUAGUUCCAUUUAAAGUCCAAAGUUUACAUACACCUUGCAGAAUCUGCCAAAUGUUAAUUAUUUUAGCAAAAUAAGAGGGAUCAUACAAAAUGCAUGUUAUUUUAUUAUUUUAUUUAUUACUGACCUGGAUAAGAUCACAUGAAAGUUCACAUAGAAGACCUUUACAUCUAGUCCACAAGAGAAAAUAAUAGUUGAAUUUAUUAAAAUGACCCUGUUCAAAAGUUUACUUACACUGAUUCUUAAUCCUGUGUUGUUACCUGAAUGAUCCACUGUUUUUUUUUUGUUUUUUUUUUGUUUUAGUGAUAGUUGUUCAUGAGUUCCUUGUUUGUCCUGAACAGUUAAACGGGGAUUCUUCAGAUCCCACAAAUUCUUUGGUUUUUCAGCAUUUUUUGUGUACUUUCCACCCAUGACUUUAUGAUUGUGAGAUCCAUCUUUUCACACUGAGGACAACUGAGGGACUCAUAUGCAACUAUUACAGAAGGUUUAAAUACUCACUGAUGAUCCAGAAGGAAAAACAAUGCAUUAAGAGCCAGGGGGUGAAAACUUUUGAACAGAAUGAAGAUAUGUACAUUUUUCUUAUUUUGUGGACUAUCUUGUGGACUUCUGUUAUGGACUAUAUGUAAAAGUCUUUUGUGUGAAGUUAUCUUGUUCAGGUCAGUGCUAAAUAAAAAAAUGCAUUUUGUAUGAUCCCUAUUUUUUGCUAAAAUAAUUAACAUUUUGCAGAUUCUGCAAGGUGUAUGUAAACUUUUGACUUCAACUGCACUAGGCUAUUAAGCUAUUUUUUAUGUAAAAUGAAUUAAAAAGUAAUUGAGAUCGGUUAGAAGUUACUGUCAAACUUUUUAAGUAUUACUAAUACAUGACUCACUGUGUUUCUCUUAAGUCAUUGACAUUCAGAGAACAUACUGACCUUCAGUUGCCUUCAAUUUAUUUUCAAAAAUUUCUCUUUGGUCAGAUCUACUAUCAUGAAAACCUGCAGAAACCUUGUGUAUAAUACAUAAUGCAUAUUUACUUAAUUAUGACUGUAUUAUUUUUGGUGCCAAUCAGCAAUUUUAAAAUAUUAAGCAUAUCAACAUAUCUCUUUUUUUUCUUAAUAUGUGCAUCUGUUACACAGACUUUAUCAGAUAAUAAAGUAUUUUUGAGACAUGCAUAUCAGUUAUGUGCAAACACAUCCCAUAAAGAAUUUCUGAGACAUCA